CGCGCUAGAGUCGGCGGGCUGCUAGCUCGAGCCCAGCUCCACCUCUGCCUGCCGGGCACUCACAGACGUCUAACUUCCUCCCUAGACUGGGGAGACAAUCUUCCCGCUCCUGAGGCUCCCGGAUCAGUGAGAUAAUUUACGUGGACUACCUAGACCAGUGCCUGGUUUAUUGUAAGCUCCCAACCCCCAUGCCAAGGUCAUCGGUCGGGCUGACCCCAUGGUGAAAACUGCUUCUUGGGGAACUGGGGUCGAACAGCCAGAAUAACUCGCAGAACCGAGAUAACUCUCUCCUCCUCGUGAUCCACAGUAUUUCAAAUCCCAUCCACUGCCUCGCCGCCGUUUGCUCAGAUCCCCUAAAUUAACCUCCUAGGCGGCAAAGGGAGGCCCAGCGGGGUUCGGCAUCUGGCCAAAAAGUACGCCCUGCCCCCCGCCCCCGAGUACGCUGACUGCGGGGCGGAUGGCAGCGAAGCGGCUCGGAAGCAGGCUCGGGGCUGGACUGACAGCGUGGGGGAAAGAGGAGGAGAGAACGGGCUGCGGAGGAGGGGAGAGCCGCCGGGAGGAGGGCGCAGGGGCGGGCGGAGACACAUGCGCGCUGCCGCCCCGGCGCCGCCGCCGCCGCCGCCGCAGUCCUCAGCUUCCCGGGGACAGGAAACCUUCAAGACCCAGCUGCCACGGCGCGCUCCCCGUGCGCCCCCAUUCUGCGCGCCUCCGCACACCCUCCUCCAGUCUUUCCAGCCUUUUGCGGUGGGGCACUGCAGGAACUCAGCCCGAGCUGCCGUCUUCCCCUCUGGGGAAAGCUGUGACCCCCCCCCGCAGGAGUGGCGGGGCGGGGUGGGGGGACCCGGAGAAGAUGGCGACGCCGGGAAGCGAACCCCAACCUUUCGUCCCUGCCCUCUCGGUGGCUACCCUGCACCCACAUCAUCAUCCCCACCACCACCACCACCACCACUCGCACCACGGAGGAACCGGAGCCGGCAGUGGAGCCGGCGGCGGCAGCGGUGGCUUCAACCUGCCCUUGAACCGGGGUCUGGAGCGCGCGCUGGAGGAGGCGGCCAACUCCGGGGGGUUGAACCUCAGCGCCAGGAAACUGAAGGAAUUUCCCAGGACCGCGGCCCCCGGGCACGACCUCUCAGACACAGUGCAGGCAGAUUUAUCUAAAAACAGACUGGUUGAAGUUCCAAUGGAAUUGUGCCAUUUUGUAUCACUGGAAAUUCUUAAUCUGUAUCACAACUGUAUCAGAGUCAUUCCUGAGGCCAUCGUUAAUCUGCAGAUGCUGACUUACUUAAACUUGAGUCGAAAUCAGCUGUCUUCCCUGCCCGCCUGCCUGUGUGGUCUGCCUCUCAAAGUCUUAAUCGCAAGUAACAACAAACUUGGAUCACUACCGGAAGAGAUGGGUCAGCUCAAACAGUUAAUGGAGUUGGAUGUGAGCUGCAACGAGAUCACAGCGUUGCCCCAGCAAAUAGGUCAAUUGAAAUCUCUACGAGAACUGAAUGUCAGAAGAAAUUACCUUAAAGUUUUACCACAAGAACUAGUAGACCUUCCCUUGGUAAAGUUUGACUUUUCCUGCAACAAAGUGCUCGUGAUCCCGAUUUGUUUUAGAGAGAUGAAGCAGCUGCAAGUGUUACUGCUUGAGAAUAACCCUCUGCAGUCGCCUCCAGCACAGAUUUGCACAAAGGGAAAAGUGCACAUAUUUAAGUAUUUGAGCAUACAAGCAUGCCAGAUUAAGACAGCUGACUCUCUUUACCUCCAUGCCAUGGAGAGGCCACAUUUACACCAGCACGUGGAAGACAGCAAGAAGGAUUCUGAUUCAGGAGUUGGAAGUGAUAAUGGAGAUAAGCGAUUGUCUGCCACCGAGCCUUCUGAUGAAGACACUGUUAGCCUCAAUGUACCAAUGUCAAAUAUCAUGGAAGAGGAACAGAUCAUCAAGGAGGACUCGUGCCAUCGCCUUAGCCCAGUUAAAGGGGAAUUUCAUCAGGAAUUUCAACCAGAGCCUUCCCUUUUGGGUGUCAACGACAACUCAGGAGAAGAAAGAAACCAGUUUACGGAUGGAGCAGAUGUUCUCCAUUCGGAAUUUAUGAAAUACAAGGCAAGGGCCGAACACUGUGAAGAGCUGUUACGGAUAGAAGAGGACACGCACUGGCAGGUGGAGGGAGUAAUAAGUUCAUCCAAAGAUCAGGACGUGGAUAUAGCGAUGAUUGAGCAGCUCAGAGAAGCCGUAGAUUUGCUCCAAGAUCCCAAUGGAUUAAACACAGAUAUUACAGAAAGAAGUAUUUUAAACUUAUAUCCUAUGGGAUCAGCAGACGCUUUAGAAUUACAAGACUCUGCACUAAAUGGUCAAGUACAGCUGGAAACAUCUCCCGUGAAUGAGGUGCAAAAUGAUCUAACAUUACAGAGUAAUGGGAGCCAGUAUUCUCCAAAUGAGAUCUCCCCUGCAGACUCUCCUACCACAAACAGCACAGCUCCAUUUGGCUUGAAGCCUCGAUCGGUGUUUCUAAGACCUCAGAGAAAUUUGGAAUCUAUAGACCCACAGUUUACAAUUCGGAGGAAAAUGGAGCAGAUGAGAGAAGAAAAAGAGCUGGUGGAACAACUCCGUGAGAGCAUCGAGAUGAGACUGAAGGUCACUCUCCAUGAAGACCUGGGGGCGGCACUCAUGGAUGGUGUCGUCCUCUGCCAUCUGGUCAACCACAUCCGCCCGCGGUCUGUUGCAAGCAUCCAUGUCCCCUCGCCAGCCGUUCCCAAACUUAGCAUGGCCAAAUGCAGAAGAAAUGUGGAAAACUUUUUGGAAGCCUGCCGAAAAUUAGGAGUACCAGAGGAAAAACUAUGUCUACCCCAUCACAUCCUUGAAGAGAAAGGCCUGGUCAAAGUGGGCAUUACCGUUCAAGCAUUACUAGACGUCACCAUCACGAAGGCUCUAUUCACAUGAAAGCAACCCCGUUCCUUUGGGUCCACGCAGACUCUUCCCCCAUCAGGGAUCCUGGACUUGCUCCCAGCACCUAUUCCACCCUCUCUCCCACUCACUGCCUGUCAUUCCCCGACUCUAGUCGCAUGGAGGAGGUUUUCAGUCUAAGGGAGGAUCUUCUGCCUUGCAGAGCUGACCUCCGACGUGAAGACUGGACAGGUAUUUGUCCUGAGACCACAGAGGGAGCUGGUGAGGGACUGAGCAGCACGUCCACGCCGGUGCCUCCCUCCUCCCUUCCACGCUCACCGACUGCCAUUACCAGAACGCCAAGCACAAGACGCAUUUGUUCUAUUAAAGCCAAACUCAUUAGAUAUUUAGUGGGGGGAGGGGGGCACAAUCGGGUUUUUCACCACCAAAUUUUUCAAGAAGUUUCUUGAGACCAUUGCCUUUUAAAAAACUAUUUUCGACAUACAAAAUAUUUAUAUAAAUAUUAUUUAUUAGUGAGUUGUUAUUCAUCCUUUGGAUGCAAAUUGUAAAUUAGGAAACUAUUUUAUUACUGCUUUUUUGUGGUUAAACACUUUAUUUUAAUAUUAUAAAUAUUGAGUUAUUUUCUAUCUUCUUUGGUGUGCAGUAGUUCUGGGUCUCAGUAAUCAUGUUUUCUGAUGUACAGUCUAUGAUUCAGAAAAAAAAAAAUUAAGCAAAAAACAGGUGCUUCUGUGACAAAGAACUGUUUCCUGGGGAGGAGUUUUUUUUACACUUUGGUUUGUGGAACAUUGGUCUUAUUUAUAUUUCUGCAUUCCAUGCAGUUUCCUACAUUCCAGCAGCCCUAUUGUCCCCCAAUAUAAUGAACUGACUGAAAUCGAGAGCACCCCAAAGUUAUUUGUAAAUAGCUGUGAUGGAAAAAAAAAAAAAAAGACAUAUUAAACUUGAAGAUAAAAUGUGAACAAUUAUUUUUUUGGAUUCAUACUUCUUUUGCUAUGCACAAAACAUUCACAUUUUAACACAGAGAAGUAACUAGUGUUAGCAUCAUGUGUGUCUUGAAGUAUGAUUUUGCACUGUAACUUGGGUUACAUUGAAGACAGUCUGGCACCAAAGUUAGAUAGAGAGGAAAUGGCAUAGGUAAGUGGAGAUGAUAAAAAGUUUAUUGUUUAACCAAAAAGUUUUUUAAAGGAAGCUUCAACUGAGUGAUCAAAGAUUACUCCAGGCACGUAGGACCUGGAUCAGGAAACCAAUACUUCUUACAACUGCCAGUUUUAAAAGAGGAAAUAAUUCUGAGAUGUAGACAUGCUCAUUUUAUUGUGGUUUAGUGGGUGGUUUUCAAAGUAGUCCGUAAAAUACUGCAAGAUUCACGUGAAACCUCAGAAGUGAGGCAUGAAGCUACGUGCAGCCCCCAGGCGGGCUGAGGAGGGGGUUUAGUAAGUGGAGUUUGUGAGGCUGAGUGGCCCAGGGGCGAGCAAGCUCAAACAGAACAGGAUAGAGAAGAACCAGCAAAAGAAAGCAACCGGCUUGGUAUGAGAGAUGCACAGAAAGCUUCACCAGGCACAGCAAGCUAGUUUAGACAGUUCCAUGGAUCUACACUCACGCUGCAGUUACAGAUAUCCCAGCAAUUAAUCUUCUAAGUCUUGUGCCUGCUGUCUGCACUCACACCUCUGUGAAAAGCCAUUAGAAGUUUUUAGAGCAGCAGCAGCCACAAUUUGUAAGACACUGUAAAGGUCAAUACAAAAGAAAAGACACCAGGAGAAGGACAGUGUACAUUCAACACAGACUAACACCAACCUACGCACAGGCUGCCCUCCCUCUAGGGAGGAUGGAGGGGUUUCUGAAAAUGGAAAUUCGGAUUGGCAGCUAGCAAUUAUUUCCUAUCAAAUGUACUGUGCACUUUAUCCUAACUUAAAAUAUAUCUUAAUAUUUUCCUAUACUGCACAAAUAUCUGUUUUGUCAAAUAGCAGAAUGAUGUAAAGAAGAAAGACAUUUUGGACAAAGUGUAUUCAAUUUAAGUAACAUUCAAAGGUUGAAUAUAUACAUAGGAAUUUAGACUGCUGCACCUUCGUGGGCAUUCAGAAUGCAGGGUCCUGAAAUAUUUUUUUUACAUGUAUAUAUGGAAACAUGAAGCUCUGUAAUCAUUGUUUUGAGAGAUUUUUUUCAAAAUUAAAAUAUUUCUUUUGAUAUUAAUUUUUAGUAUUUUCUUGAAGUUGGCUGUAUAAUAUAAAUGGCUUCAGUAUUUUGUAAAUGGCUUUCUUUUCUUUACAUGCAGUCUUUGUAUAGCUAAGACGUCUUCGAGAUCCUUGUACACUGUUUAUAAGUGCAAUAAAAUGUGCAUGGCCAGCCGAAUUACCAUAGUGGGCAGAAUGUGUAUAGUGCAAAUAUCCUUCCUUUCAUUAUU